AUGGUCGAUCGGCCCAAGAUGGCUUCUUUGGCCGCGGCGUCCUCAAGCAAAGGCUCAGUUGCAGAACUGGUCACGUGGGCGCGCACGCAGAGACACAAAGGAAGAGGCCUGCUGCAGGUGGCGCCUGGAAUCUACUUGGGCAACAAGCAGGCGGCUGCGAACGCUGAGCUUCUUGCCCUCAAUGGUAUCACGGCUGUCUGCGCGAUUGGUGCGAGGUUGCGGGCCCCCGAAGUAGGGCAUGCCCGACUUGGGUUGUGGAACGCCGAGUUCAACGCUUUGAGCUUUCCAAGUGUUCAUAUUUCUUUGGAGAUGCUGCAGGCUCUCAGGCUUUCGAGGCAGGAGUCGUGCGGGCAUGAAACGUCAGAAGAAAGAGUGUCGACUGCGAGGCCCUACAACCAUCCUGGCCUCGUCUACCACCACAUCUCGGUUGAGGAUGAUGGAGCCAGCUCCAUUCUUCCUUUUCUGGAGGCAAGCUGCGACUUCAUCCACGCACAAGCACGUCAGGGAGCAGUUCUUGUUCACUGCAAGGGUGGCAUCAGCCGCUCUCCUUCGCUACUGGUGGCAUAUCUGAUGAAGCAUGAGCGGCUGGCUCUGUCCGAAGCCUUCGAGGUCUGCAGCCUGGCGCAGCCGGCGGCACGCUGCCCGGAGAACUUCCAGUGCGAUCUCGAGGCCUGGGCGAAGCAGCUUGAAGAGCUGCAGGAAGAGCCUGAGGACGACACUGCUGAAGGCGGCGGUGAAACGAUUCAGGCAUUGGAUGCCGGUUAA